UAAAUUGCAACAGCUUGCAUUCUUCUAAACUGUGAUUUCCACUUAUAAAGGCAAAUAAUACUUUAUAUACUAGUAAAUAUAAACCUGAUAGUGCAUUAUAACCAAAUACAUAUAUAUAUAUAUAAAUAAAUACAAAAAUAGUUAAAAAAAUUUGCGGAAAUCAUGACAUCACGCUUUUACAAAUUCGGAGUGACUGCUUUGAGUGCUUGCAUCGGUUCACUUGCUGCUACUUGGGUUUGCACAGACAGAAAUAACUCUCCAUAUGUGGUUCAUAAUGAAAUUGUUAGACCACCAAAGAGAAAGCGUACUUUACCUCCACGCUCAGAUCAGAUAAAAAGUCUUCAGAGCGGAGAGGAAUAUGAUGUCUUAAUAAUAGGAGGAGGAGCAACAGGAGCUGGCUGCGCAUUGGACUCAGUUACUAGAGGUUUAAAAACGGCUCUUGUUGAAGCGGAUGAUUUCGCAAGCGGCACAUCUUCUCGGUCUACGAAACUCAUUCAUGGAGGUGUUCGUUACUUACAGAAGGCUAUACUUGGGCUUGACUUUGAACAGUAUAGAAUGGUAAAAGAAGCUCUUCAAGAACGGGCAUCUAUGCUGGAAUCAGCUCCACAUCUUGCUCAUCCUUUACCAAUAAUGUUGCCUGUAUAUCAAUGGUGGCAGGUUCCCUAUUAUUGGGUUGGCAUCAAGUGUUAUGAUCUUGUUGCUGGUGAUAGGAAUGUCAAAAGUUCGUACUACCUUACAAAGAAAGAUGCACUAGAACUUUUCCCAAUGCUAAAGAAAGAUAAACUAUGUGGCGCUAUUGUGUAUUAUGAUGGUCAGCAAGAUGAUGCAAGGAUGUGCUUAGCUGUGGCUUUAACUGCCGCCCGACAUGGUGCAACUGUUUGCAAUCAUGUGGAAGUUAAAGAACUACUGAAGAAAGAAGAAAAUGGUAAAAAAGUGUUAUGUGGAGCAAAGGUCAAAGAUCAUAUAUCUGGAAAAGAGUUUACAGUUAAAGCUAAGUGUAUUAUUAACGCAACUGGGCCAUUUACUGAUUUUAUACGAAAAAUGGACGAUCCAAAUGUAAAAACUAUUUGCUGUCCAAGUUCAGGAGUACAUAUUGUGCUUCCUGGUUAUUAUAGCCCCGAUCAAAUGGGAUUAUUAGAUCCUUCCACUUCGGAUGGGCGUGUCAUUUUUUUCCUACCAUGGCAAAGACAAACCAUCGCUGGUACUACCGACUUGCCGUGUGAUAUAACACAUAAUCCAAGCCCUACCGAAGACGAAAUUCAAUUUAUCCUAAAUGAAAUAAAAAAUUAUUUAAAUACGGAUGUAGAGGUUCGCCGUGGUGACGUUUUGUCGGCUUGGAGCGGUAUUAGGCCACUUGUCUCGGACCCAAAUAAAGAAGAUACGCAAUCGUUGGCUAGAAAUCACAUUGUUCAUGUGAGUCCAUCGAAUUUAGUUACUAUUGCUGGUGGUAAAUGGACUACAUACAGAGCUAUGGCAGAACACACCAUUGAUGCGGCAAUCAAAGCUUGUAGUUUAAAGCCGGAACGACCGGAAGCUGUAACAUCGUACUUGAAAAUAGAAGGCGGACAGGGCUGGACACCUACUAUGUACAUUCGUUUAGUACAAGAUUUUGGUCUAGAAUGCGAGGUAGCCCAACAUUUAGCGAAGUCUUAUGGUGACAGAGCAUUUGCUGUUUCUAAAAUGGCAUCAUUAACUGGAAAGCGUUGGCCAAUCAUUGGAAAUCGUGUUCAUCCAGAAUUCCCUUAUAUAGACGCUGAAAUACGAUAUGGCGUUCGCGAAUACGCUUGCACCGCGGUAGAUAUGAUAGCACGACGACUACGUUUAGCGUUUUUAAACGUGCAGGCAGCUUCAGAAGCACUACCAGUCAUUGUUGACUUAAUGGGAGAAGAACUUCACUGGUCAAAAGAGGAAAAGGAGAAACAAUUAAAGCAGGCUAAUGAGUUUUUAGCUCAUGAAAUGGGCCAAAUGGUAAAUAGAACAUCGAAGGAAAGAAUUCCAAUAAAACUGUCCAAAGACGAAAUUCAAACGUAUGUUAAACGCUUUCAACUCAUUGAUAAGGAUAAGAAAGGCUACGUUUCCAUCAACGAUAUUCGACGAGCUCUUAAGAGUUUUGGAGAUGCUGAUGUUUCGGGAGAGCAACUUCAUGAAAUACUUAGAGAGAUUGAUACUAAUAUGAAUGGACAAGUUGAACUUGAUGAAUAUUUACAGAUGAUGUCGGCAAUAAAAACUGGAGAUGUUGCAUACUCGCGUUUUGCUAGAAUGGCUGAAUUGGAGGAACAAAAGCAUGAGGCUGCUCAACUUAAGCAAAAAAUUAGCGUUGAUCGUUCAGGUGGUGGACUAUAAACAACACAUUUUCGGUUUCAAACGUUUUGAAUUUAUUAAAUUUGUUUAUUAAAUGUUAAUCGAUAAAAAAUUUUAAAAUAUAUUUUCAGUAAUUCGCUUAUA